AUGCGUUUCUAUUGUCAUUGUCUCAAUAUUAACAUUGAUGUUUUGGAAACAGCCGAUGAUCAAGAAACGCUGACACAAUUCGUACCCAUUGAUCUGGAACAAUAUGUCAAUAUUUCACACGAAUGGUACGUGUGCGAUGUGCCAUCGGAUCAAUCGGUACAUAUUGCAUGGCAAAGUCUUCUCCAAACAAUACCUGUGCGCGACAUGAAAUUGAACCGGUGCUUAGGCUGUAAUCUUUAUACACAUGUUUCAAAUAUUACAGCAAGUCGAAUGUUAAUUAGCAAAGAUCUUUUGGAUGAAACAACAGUUAGUGCAGUUUAUCGAGAUCCGAAUUAUUCGAAACUAGCACGUAUAGUAUUGCCAGACAUGUUGAGCAGUUUAAACAUGACAAAAUCUUCCGGUUCACAAGAUGAAAAUGUUCAACGUGAAUCUGUAUUAGCUCAACAAGUCUUUCGACAAUCAGUAGAAAAUAUCGAACGAGAAACCGAAGAAAAAAUCCGAAUGUAUCAACGAGAACAGGAACAAUUGUUGGAAUCAAAACGAGAUUCGUUAAAAAAAGAAUUAGAUGUAUUCUUAAGCUUAAUGCGUUCAGCAUCUCGACAAAACUCAAGUGCCAAAGGAUCACCAACAUUACAAACAUCGAGUUCAUAUAUUAAUGAAAACAGUACGGAGUCAGGACUUGGUUCGGAUAUUUUUGAUGUUGGUGCCGGAGAAUUGGGUCGACAUUCAUCGACAAUGGAACGGAUCUUUUCGGAACGAAAUGCUGCACUCGAUGAUGAAUCAAACGAUGAUCCUAUGCUUGAUAAUCGAGGUUGGUAUAUAGAAAAUAGUAACACGUCCAAUUUUGCAACGUCAGUACCACGAGAUAUUAUUCUUCGUCCUUCAACUGCAUAUGCCGUUCCUCGUCAAGAUGAUGAUAGUAGUGAUGAUCUUGAACGUAUUGGAAAAUCGUUUCGUGAUUUAAGUCGAUCAAUGUGUACAGAUGGCACAGAAUUGUUUGGUGAACUUCCUUCACCUAGACUUAAUUCACGACAAACAUGA